CUUAACAAGCCCUUUCAUUUCAACCCUAAUUUUCUCUCACAGUCUUCGAGUCCACUGGAGACACUUUUCACAAACUUUGUAAAUCCAAUUCAGUUUCUAGGGUUUAGUUGUGCCUUGAUGCUCUCACAACUCGAUUCCCUAGCAUCCUCUUCUUUAAUGGGUGAGCGAGUUGAAAAGAGAUAUACUUGGGUUUUGAAAAACUUCUCAGAUUUGCAAGCCGAGCCUACCUACUCUCUCCCUUUCGUCUUCGCCGGUUGCAAUUGGAAUAUUAUAGCUUACCCCAAGGGGUAUGAGAAGUGCAGACACUUAUCUCUGUUUCUGGGUAUUGUAAAUCCUGAAUCUUUGCCAUCAGGAUGGAGAAGAGAAUUGAAGUUUCGCCUCACUCUUGUUAACAAGCUUUGGAGUUGUGAUACCAAAGUAUUAGAAGGACAAAGUUGGUUCGAUGCAAGUAGUAGCGCUUGGGGGUUUAAAGAGUUCAUUCCCCUUUCAACAGUUCGUUUCAGAGAUAAUAAAUUUCUGGUUGGUGACAAACUUGUUAUUGUCGCUGAACUACACCUUUUUCCACUUGUUGUGGAAACUGUCAAGAUUAUUGAACCUCUGAGCUGCAAUGAAGGAAGCCAAGUUGCUGCUGAUGAAUCUCGGAAUGCUGCUGCAUCAUCUCAAGAGAAAGUAGACUUUGAUGUCUCUCAGGACAUUCCCUCUGUCGAUGCAUCUGAAGAGGGUUUGGAUGAUGAUGCUGGGGCAUCUCAAGAGGGCUCAGAUGAUGAUGCUGGAUCUGAAGAGGGUCAAAAUGAUGAUGAUGAUGAUGCUUCAUCUCUUGUUUCUGAAGAUGGAAGUAAGGAAAAAGGUCUCUUGAAUCAAUCAAAUUCUUUGAAGGAGGGAUCUCUAACAGUAGAAAAUUGUGGUAUGAUGUCUAACAAUGUGGCAUCUGAGACUGAGGUUUCCAAUGUAGAUGAUGCGCCUAUAGAGGAUCCAGAGGAUGAUGAUGAUGUAAUUGAACAUGAUCAGGGUGAUGAUAAUGCUUCAUCUCUUGCUUCCGGUGUUAGUGACAGAGAUGUAGGUUCUCUAAACAAAUUUGAGGGCACGUCUCAGAGAGAAGAGGAUGGUGAUAUCAAGUGUGACAAGGUAGCAUCUGUUACUGAGGCUUCCAAUGAUUUUCCGGAGAAGGUUCAACCAGUAAAGGAAACCAAAUAUGUUAAUGGUUUUCAGGUUUUUUCUUCUCAGGUAGAAUCAGUGAGCCAUAUAUUCAAAAGACACCCGGACAUAGCAUUAGAGUUCCGUCCAAAGAACCAAGAGAUCAGAAGAGCUUACAUGAAUGAACUCCUUAGCCUAAUUGAGAUGCUGUGCCAGUCACCAGAGAAGCUCUCCGAGGAUGAUCUGAGCAAUGCUGACGACACACUGGCUGAUCUGAUUGAUGUCGGUUUUAAGUUGGAUUGGCUGAAGAUAAAGCUGGAUGAGGUUUCUGAGAAGAAAAAGAAGGAAAAGGGUAGUGAGACUCGGCUACAAACAAUGGAAGAACAGUUGCUGAAGCUGAAGCUUAUGUUCUUGAAUCUUGAAACUCAGCUGCAGAAGGAAAAGGAAGAGGCUUUGGCUGCAAGAGCUCCUCUCUCGUUCAACGAUGUUGUUUACUGAUAUGCGAGUAUGAGACUGCUUUUGAUUGUGUUUAAACAAAUAUUAUUCCUCUCUUAGCAGUAAAAUUAUCUUUACCCACCUAGCAGUGCCAUGUAGAAUUUUAUUAUACUAGCAAGGAAUUGUAAUGACAAGAAAACAGAGUAUCUGUUAAACUGUUGAUUGAAUGCAGAACCAUGAGGCAAUCUUACCAGUCA